AAACUCAUGGUUUUUGUCGGUUCCCCAUGGACCCAUCAUGACGGAUCCAAAUAUUUGAAUUCUCACAUUCGCGCUUCACAAAACACUACCGUUUCGUUGCUCACCGGCGAUCAACAUGACGACGAUGGAGAAAUUGUUUGUUGAAAUCUUCGAUCGCAAGGACCGGAUCAUCGAGCAGAUGCAGCAGCAAGCUGAUUUGUUCACACAACAACUCGCUUCCAGACUCGUAAUCGAUGGAAUCACACCUCCAUCGUGGCUUUUGAGCCCUAAUUCCAACUCUCAUUCUUCAUAUAUCAAUGAGUUGGAGAAAGAGAAGAUCAUCUCUAGGCUCUUACUUCAACCUUCACGAGAAUCUACUCGAUAUUCAACUGGUGGCUGCUUCUAUACUGCACCAGAUAUGUCACUUGAGUGUCAAAAUAAUGACAUAAGAUCUAGCUUAAAUCGUGUUGCUGAGCUUGAUGACAGUGUCGAAUUUCCUCAAAAUGAGACAAAUGCUAGAACAACAAGCAUUUAUAAUGCACCAGAUAUGUCACUUGAGUGUCAAAAUAAUGACAUAGGAUGUAGCUUAAAUCGUGCUGCUGAGAUUGACAGUGUGGAAUCUCCUCAGAGUGAGACAAAUGCUAGAAUAACAAGCAUUUAUACUGCACCAGAUGUAUCACUCGAGUGUCAAAAUAAUUACACAGUAUGUAGCUUAAAUCGUGUUGCUGAGAUUGACAGUGUGGAAUCUCCUCAGAGUGAGACAAAUGCUAGAAUAACAAGCAUUUAUACUGCACCAGAUAUAUCACUCGAGUGUCAAAAUAAUUACACAGUAUGUAGCUUAAAUCGUGUUGCUGAGAUUGAUGACAGAGUGGAAUCUCCUCAGAAUGAGAUGAAUGCUAAAAUAACAAGCAUUUAUACCGCACCAGAUACGUCGCUUGCUAUAAUUCAGAGAUCGAGGUCUAGGCAAAAAGCCCGGGAGCUUCGAACUAACGUGAAAACCACUGGCAAAAGUCGUUUAAGCAAUGAAAAUGGUGACUCAAAUUCCAAAAAGGAUUUACUUCAAGCCACUCAAGAUAAACACCCUUCAGAAGUGGACAAAUGCGAUGAUAUCACUGGAUCUACUUCUAUGAUAUUAGAAGAGAAGGGUGACAAAGCAAAUGAUAGAACCAGUCACAGCGUUACACUUGCAAAAUUGAGUAGUUCGUAUGAAAAAACAAGAUUAGAGAACGAUCUUACUAAAAAAGGGUCAUCUUUUGGUAAAGAUAAAUUAGAUGGUGGUAUCAUUAUUCAGCCAACUGGUGAUUCAUUGCAACAGAAUGGUCAUGGGGACAAUCUUCCUAAUUUCUGUUUGGGAAGUUACGCCAGCAACAAAUCCAGAACCGGGAAGACACAGGGUACACAAAGCCAAAACAAACCUUGUUGUGGUAGAAUUACAAGGUCUAGAAGUUCAAGCCAACAGAUUAGUCGAAUAAACAAGUCUGUAAAUAUGGGCACAUCUGUUUCCUGCAAUCUAAAAGAAGGUGGAGGUGCACUUUCUCAUUCCGUUGGUGAUUUAAUGCACAAACUUACUUUCUCUGGUAAGUUAUUAGAUGCCGUCGAAACUUCUCAGGUGCUUAGUGAUAAAAAUGGGAAGACACAAACUAUUUGCAGCACUGGAGGUGUAUUGAAUCCAGACAUUUCUUCCAAUAUGGAUAUGAAAAACUCUUCACUUAAUGGUAACCACCAAGAAAAUGCUGAAAUUGUUGUGGGAAACAGGCCAAUAGAUGCACCAGUUGUAAUGCAGCCUGUAAGUUCUGGUAAGUUGGAUCCAUCCACCUCCGACUGUUGUAUGAAAGUCAAACCAAAGCAACUGAGCUUUGAUGAAAUCAGUCAGUGUGAUCUAAAUGACAUUGGUAGUCCACUUUCCAAGAAGAGAAAGCCAGAUGGAAUGUUCGGACAGAAAUGCUAUCCUUCAAACGAGUAUGCAAGUAGCAAUUUCUUUGAGCAGCAACUACCAAAGGCAUAUGUUUUGUCAAGCUGCCCGAAUGCUGCUAAGAUAGAGUCUUCUAACAACACUAAUGCGUGCGCAAAAGAUGAAAUGAUAAACAUUGGUUUGGAAACAAAUGAGAGCCCAGUGGUGGAGGAUGUUGAGCACAUCUCUAUGGUUUCCCUACAUGAUGAUAUUGAUGUAACAUGUGAGGUAAAUGUAUCUUCCAAAGAGGUCGGCAAUACUUUUAAUGAAGAAAUGCAUUCAGGAAACUCUCAUUUGAAGGGUGAUCAUGGUCAUAAAGGCGAAGAGAGUGCUGCUGGUGUUCUUAUGCCUGUAUCCCCAAAUAGCAAGUCAUCAUUCAUUUCAAGUUUGACCAAACAAGGAAACGGGGAUUUUGAGGUGGAUCUUGGCUCUUCAAAAUCUAACAAUGUUGAAAUUGGCACAAAUUUAAAGCUGUGCAGUAUUAAAUUGAAUUCUGCCAAAUGUAAUACAUGCCCAUUGAACCAGCAGAACACUCUUGAGUACCAACCAAACUGCUUUUCAGAUUGCCGAAAAUUUAGGGUACCUAUUCAAAGAGAUGCUAUUCAUUUGAAUUUAAAGACACCUGAAACUGAUUUAAAUACUGUUAAGGAAUCUGCAUCAAUACUUUCAUCUGAAAAGAUCAAUCUCUUCCAAUCAGAUGGCAUUCAGAGCUGUGAUAAGAGUUUUCAUAAUGAGAUCGUUUGUGAUUUGCCAGAAGGGACAGAGUCCUUGCAUGAGCUUCAAGCUGCAGAGGCAACUGUUACUGAAGUGGAUGAUGCCACUACAGCGAUCACCAACACACUAAAACAGUCUGAACCAACUACUGUUUUAAAUAUGAUCAAGAAUUCAGCAGAUGUGGGGCCUGUAAGUCCAAUCAUCAACGAUGAUGCUGUGGUUACUGGCAAUAAUAAUUUUGAAAUAAACUUUCCUGAAUGGGUGUCUUCAUAUGACUCGGGCCAGCUUUCACAAAACGAUGACAAAAUUGUGGUCUCUGAUGAGGUGACACCUGUCUAUGAGAGUUUUCUCAUCGAUGAGGAAAUUGGAAAUAUAAAUACCGAGAAUAAUGAAUACGGAAUAGAUUUUGACACACUGGAAAUCGCAAGUACCGCAUAUGCAAGAGCUAGCAUCAUAGAGCAGAUUUGUAAAUCUACAAGCAUGCAGACACCGUUGUCUCAAUUUAAGAUUCUUGACCACAUGGACAUUGGAACUAGCGUCUCUCUCGAUGAAGAUUCUUUAAAGCAUCUACAAACAAGUGGCAGUUGUAUAACUGAAAAUGAUUAUGUUUUUCCGCAACAUCAAAAAGUUAGUUAUGCUACUCCAUUUUCCUGGCAAUCGAAAAACUAUUAUUCGUCUCCUACUGGAAAGUUAUGGGAACGAUCAGCAUCCAGUUCAGGUAGUUCAGAGAAACAGUUGAGUUCAAAUCCCGACCUUACUUGCUUCCCAAUUGAAGAAGACCCUAGCAGUAAUGAAGAAAAUGAUGAACUCGAAGAAAACAUAAAAGUAGAAAAUGAAAAUUCAGUUAAGGAUUAUGAGAUGGCGGAUGAAAUUCAAGAACGACCCCAUGAAUAUACUGAAGUAUGGUCUCAACAUGCAAAUCAUGUGUCCACAAAAUCCAUCAAGUAUCCAGAUAGAUAUAGUUCAAAUUCUGUCAGUAUAGAGGCUAGUGUCCCUAGAACUCGUGAGAAAGUCAAGCAUAAGCCUAAAGUUCAUCAUGGGUUUAAGGCGAGUAUGCAUGACAAGGAGAAUCGUAAUUCGUCAAUUGAAACACGGGCUAGUAGUAGGGGGAACUUAUCUGAAAUUAGUAGAAAUAAGAACAGUAUGAGAAGUGGAAUACCAAGGCAGCUGCAGUUUGCACAAAAGGAGGCUAAACGUAACAAUAUUGUAUCAAAUAUCACUUCAUUUGUUCCGAUAGUACAGCAAAAACAGGCUGCUGCAGGUUGCACAGGGAAGAGAGACAUCAAAGUGAAGGCUCUCGAGGCUGCAGAGGCUGCAAAACGGCGUGAACAAGACAAGGAAAAUGAGAGAAAAAUGAAGAAAGAAGCAUUGAAGCUUGAACGAGAAAGAAUGGAGAAAGAAAAUGCAAAAGAAAGGAUAUUAAAUUUGAUAAAGAAAAAGGAGGAAUUAAAGAAGAAAGAAGCUGAUAUAGCGGCAAGAAAAAGGCUAAGGGAGGAAGAAGAGAGGAAGCAAGUGGCUAAGAAAAGAAAGCUUGUUGCAGACGCACAAAAAAAUCAAAAAAUAAAACUUGAAAAAACACGUGCCGGGAAAGUGGAUAUUCAAAAGAAUGCUAAAAAUACUGCAACUGCUGGAAACACGAAGAAAUCUGAAAAUUUGAGACGAAAUAAGAAUGCAGAUGAAAACAGUGCUCGAAAACAUGACACUGAAUUGAGGACAGACAAAACUUUAGCAAAUGUGGCCCAGCAAGUUGAUUCUGUUCUUGAAAAUCGUGAUGCUUCCAAUGAUUUUGAUGAGAAAGAAAAGGCAACAAACAUACACGAAAAGUCACCGGUAAAUGUUGGACCAGGGAAGUUGACUAGUCAAGAAAAUUCAUACGAUAUUUCUCCAUAUCAAUGUUCCGAUGACGAGGAUGAUGAAGAGGGUGACCAACGGCCAAUCAAGAAGUUUGUCCCUUCAUGGGCCAGUAAAAAGCGCGUGGCCAUGGUCUUACCAUUACAACAGAAACUCAACCCUGAAUCAAUCUUCUCUGCAGAUAGCUUUUGCAGCAUGGAUGAAGUUCUUCUGCCUCGAAGGCUACUGGCCCAAUAGUUUGUAUGCUAAUUAUUUAUUCAGCUGGAGAUCAAAGAUCAAGUGCCAAACAUGUGUACUUGUGGGUUCUGUCUCUAGUUUUCAUGCAGAUCAAUGUUCACUGCUGUGAAAUGAAUGUAUGAAAAUGAUUGUGAUUCCAAGCACAUAAUUAUGUUCUCUCAAAUGAUUAUCUCUGAGUGGGUUA